AUGGAUUCUGAUUUGAGAGAUUUAGAUCUUUGUGGGAUGCUUGGAAUCAAACAGUCGGCUACUGAAAAAGUGAUGAAAACGGCAUAUCGGAAGAAAGCACUACGAUGGCAUCCAAAUAAAAAUCCCGAUAAUCCCAAUGCAGCUCAACUGUUCUUGCGGUUAUCCAAAAUAUUAACUAUUCUUACAGACACAGCAGCUCGAUUGGAUUAUGACAAGUCGGUAAAUCUGCUGCAAAAUUGCUCAAAAAAGGACUCGAUUCGGGUAAAGCGAAAUUAA